UGUGUGCUGGAACGACAGGUACCCUCCCUUUGGUGUAUAGUUGUAUCCCUUGGUUGAGUGUGUUUACAUGGAGCGAGAGGUGUUCACGUGAGGUGUGUCAGGUGACGGGUGUCAGAGCGUGUGCUAGUGUGUGAAUCAGUUAGUUGUAGUGUGGCUGUGGACGUGGAACGUGGAACGUGGGGGUUGAGAUCUGGAUGUGAAGUUGUGCUGUGGCUGUGGACGGGGAGACGUUGAAUUCCAGAACCCAACAUUUGGGGGCUCGUCCGUUUAGCAUGGCUACUACCAGGAGUGCCAGAAGACAGCUAAUAAGUGAUUUGAAGGAGGAGGGAAAGCUAAUUGGGCUGACCGAUGACAGUUUGGCGGAGUGGGUGAAGGAAGAGUUGAGGAGGGUGGAAGAUGCGAAGGUCGAGGUUGUAGCAAAGGUAUGUAACCCUGUACCCCGCUUGAGGGAUGUGGCGGCGAUGACGGUGGACGAAGACCUGGGUGCGUAUGUGAGGCAUUUUGAGAGUCAGGCAAAGAGACAAGGCAUUGACCCCAAGGACUGGUCGCUCCUUCUGACGGACAAGAUGAGUGGACAACUGAAGACUUUCCUCGUUGAGACGGGACUGAACUUGCAUCAGGACUUCGAGUCAGUAAAGGUAAAGUUAUUCACGCACGCAGGUUUCAACGAGGAAAAGUAUAGGGUCAGAUUCCACCAGCUAGUACCAACACACGACGACAUGAGAAGCUUCGCAGUCAACACAGAAGCCGCUUUGAGAGCGUGGGUCCAGCAGUCGGGAAUAAAGGAAACGUUUGAGGACUUGAUGAACCUUUUGAUAGUUGAUCGGAUAAAAGCAGUUGUUACUUGUGAUCUGUUGGAGAGGCUGAAUGGUGCUGCUAAGGUAAGUGUGGAAGAUAAUCUUAAAGUUAUUGACAACUAUAAGAGCACUCGGAACGCUAGAGUGACGAGGCCAGUAAACCAAACCCCUCCGUACGUCGCUGCAAGUUCUACAGCAGAGAGGAUACCCUGGCAAAACAAGACACCGCGAUCUCCAGGACACCACACUUGCCCUGGUGUACAGCCUAUGCAUGGUGUUAGGAAGAUCAGCCUGAACAGUAAAUGUUAUGCAUGUGGACGUUAUGGACACUAUGCCAGGGAUUGUCAUAGCAAUAGUAAUAGCGGCUUUACUUGGAGAAAUAGGUCAGAUAAAAGAGCUGUUGUGGAGUAUGGAAACAACAAAAGACCUUAUCGGUGCUACAAGUGCAAUGAACAAGGUCAUAUUGCCAAAAAGUGCAGUAUGGAUAUAGAUACAGGCGCCUGUUAUAGCUGUAGAAAGCCAGGCCACAUACAACGAAACUGUCCCAACGGGACCAGUAGAGCGAGCAACUGGCGUACUGAAAAUGUACAUCGACGGUCAGAUGAUCUCAAGUGUUAUUGCUGCGGUGGUGUUGGUCACAUAUCACGGGUGUGUCCCACAGCUCAGCGUGAUAUGUUAGGAAAUUUUUCCCUGCUUAAAGACUCUCAUAUGAGAGUGAGGUAAAGCAUGAAAUUUGGAGGCGUAUCCUUACAAAGGUAGUGUCCUUGGUAAGUUUUUUGUUAAGAUAAUUUAUUCAAUCAAUGUAAAUUUUUCUUUGUUUUUUUUUUCUUUUUACAGAAGCUGUGUAUGAUGAUUACGGGCUGGAGAUGAUUAAUGUAGUUAAAACGGCUAUCGAGAAAGGAACUCAGUUUGAUCGCCUUUAAGAAAAGAUGACCAUCUAUGGCGACGUACGCAUCUGCCGAUGGGCCCUUACACUACAGGAAAUAGCCUGUACUGUGAAACAUAUCAAGGGAACUGAGAACUUUGUAGCAGACAUUCUAUCACGAGUGUUUUACGCCAACUAGUGUAUAUGAUAUUGAGAAAUGUAUUAUUGUUGGAGUAUGGUAUGAUUAUGUUAAGGAAUUUACUAU